AAAAAAACCUGACAAGAGCAUACCACACCACUCUUCUCUCUCUCUUUUAUUUUUUUUUGUUCGUAAUAUGAAAGUUACAAUUAUAUCCUCCUAACUGAAAACGGCAAAUUACGUUCUUCUUAUUUGUUUGCUUCCUUCUCUUCUGUUUUUCUUUUUCUGUGGCUUUAAAUUCUUCUUUCAUAUUAAUUCCGAAAGAGAAGAGAAGAGAAAUAAAAAAAAGACUCUUCAGUCGCACAUAGCCAGCCGCCGUUAACAGAAUAAUAAAACUCCGAUGAUCGAGACAGGAAGAUACCUUCUCGGCGCCGCCGGUGCUAGCGGUUUCGGUUCCAAAUCCACCGCCGAAGAGGUUACCGAGAACUGCGACCUUCGUUCCAUCACAGCCAUCAUCACCGGUGCGACGUCGGGGAUCGGAGCGGAGACGGCGAGAGUGUUGGCGAAACGAGGAGCGAGGUUGGUAUUCCCGGCGAGGAACGUCAAAGCGGCGGAAGAAGCUAAAGAAAAGAUCGUCUCUGAGUUCCCGGAGACGGAGAUCGUCGUUAUGAAGCUUGAUCUCAGUUCUAUCGCCUCCGUACGAAGCUUCGUCGCCGGUUUCGAGAAUCUUGAUCUACCUCUUAAUCUUCUCAUAAACAACGCAGGCAAGUUAGCACAUGAACAUGCAAUAUCCGAAGACGGGAUCGAGAUGACAUUUGCCACUAAUUAUCUAGGUCACUAUCUCUUGACCAAUUUGUUGCUGAAGAAGAUGAUUCAAACGGCAGAGGAAACAGGAGUUCAAGGACGUAUCGUUAACGUUACUUCGGGUAUCCACGGCUGGUUUACCGGCGACUUGAUCGACUACCUCCGGCUGAUUUCACAACCCAAGUGUCAAUUCGAUGCGACACGUGCGUAUGCUCUCUCGAAGCUUGCCAACGUUUUGCAUACCAAGGAGCUCUCUUCUCGACUCCAGAAAAUUGGAGCGAACGUGAUAGUAAACUGCGUACACCCAGGAGUUGUUAAAACCCGGUUAACAAGAGACCGAGAAGGCUUAUUAACAGAUCUCGUCUUCUUCCUGGCUUCCAAGCUCGUUAAGACCGUCCCUCAAGCAGCAGCAACGACUUGUUACGUGGCAACAAAUCCAAGACUGGUGAACGUAUCGGGAAAGUACUUUACGGACUGUAAUGAAACGAUGCCGUCAGGACUUGGAUCAAACUCCUCUGAAGCUACCAAAUUAUGGGCUGCUUCUGAGAUUCUCGUAACUCAACCUUCCAAGGCCGGCUUCGACCCAUGCAGCUAAAGGGGGAAGAAAAAGUAGAAGUAAUUAUCUUAUCAUAUACCACCAUUAGGAAAACAUAUUAUACUAAAAUCUUAUUAGAUGUGAAAAAAAUAUUAUAAAGCUUAGUUGAUAUAUAUACAAUUAGUAUUCUAUUUCUAUAGUGCGAAUGCGAAGCUAAAUGUACGUAUACGUUGUAGUCUUUGUUUAUACUUAAGUUAUACUACAUGGGAGAACACUUAAUUAAAUCUAAUGUUUUGUCAUGGGUUUA